AUGGAGGUGCACAUCGAGCAGGAGCACCAUGCAGCCGGGUGCAAUCGUGCAUCCCAGGCCCUGGCAUGGGGACGGUCGGGUCUGAUCGCCUACGCCGCCCAGCACACCAUCCUUGUGUACGACCCCCAGGCGCAGAGGGUGGUGACCUCCCUCCUCGGCCACACCGGGGAGGUCCGGUGCUUGCUGUGGUUGCCCACCCCCGGCCAGAGCCUGCUCGCGAGCGGCAGCUGCGACGGCACCAUCCGUCUGUGGAGCCUUCACGAGAAUUCCCCCCUGGAGCUGGCCGUGCUCCCGGCCGCGACCACCCCCGUGUCGUCCCUGGCUGCCCUGCUCCUGCCAGCCGAGGACCGCCUCCUCCUCUGUGCCAGCUCCGGGGGUGCGGGCGUGGCACACUGGUCGCUGACGCUGCAGAAUGGCGCGCUGGUCGAGGUCCAGGCCCCGGCACAGCCCUCGACGCUGCAUGCGGGGCAGCCCAUCGUGCACAGCGUGGCGCUGACGCAUGGCCCUGCCAGCGCCGGGGACUCUGCCCUGCUCGCCGUCGGCGGCGUAGACUGCUCGGUUUCUCUGUACGUCCGGGGCCCUGGCGGCGACUUCCUCCCGGGUCCGCGACUGAAGGGCCACGCCGACUGGGUCAGGGGCCUGGCCUGGACCCAUGCUCCCGGUCGCCUGCUCCUGGCCUCCGCUUCCCAGGACCGCUACAUUCGGCCGGAAGCCGAGGCGCUGUUGACGCGGUUUGCGCCCCGCCCGCGGCUGGCGCUGGGCGGCAUCGAGUCCCUGGAAGUGAUGCUGGAGGCGCUGCUGGUGGGACAUGAGGAUUGGGUCCAGUCGGUGGCCUGGCAGCCGGCCGGGGACGAGGGGCGCGCGCCCUGCCUGCUCUCAGCCUCCAUGGACCGCACCCUGAUGCUGUGGCAGCCCGACCCCUCUGGCCUGUGGAUGUCGGCCGCCGCCCUGGGCGACGCCGGCGCCAACCACCUGGGGUACUACACCGGGGUCUGGUCGCCCUGCGGCAGCGCCGCCGCCGCCCACGGGUACACCGGGUCACUGCAUGUCUGGCGGCGCGACGGACAGGCCCCUGGGGCCGAGGGCCCGUGGCAUCCCGUCCCCGCGCCCACUGGCCAUGUGGCGGCGGUGGUGGACGCGGCGUGGGCCGGGGACUGCCUGCUCACGGUCUCCGAGGACCAGACAGCCCGAUGCUGGGCCCGCUGCGUCGGGGUGGAAAACGGGGAUGGAGCUGCGCGUGGAGGAACGCGAGAGGCUAUGGCGGGAGGACAUCGCUGGCGGGAGGUCGCGCGGCCGCAGGUCCACGGCCACGACUUCUCUGGCCUGGCCGUGGUUCCGGAAGCUGCUGCUGAGGCUAGCACUUCUGGGGAGGUUGCCGGGGAGUCGAGCCGUGCGCCGCCCUGCUACGCGAGCUGCAGCGAGGAGAAGGUGGUGCGCGUGUUCACCGCGCCGCGGACCUUCACCGCCACCCUGGCGGCGCUGACGGGGCGGGGCAGCGGUGCAGGCGCCGAGGCUGAGGCGAGCCUCGACGCCGGGCCCGAGCAGGCCCUGGGCGCCGCGCUGCCGGCGCUGGGCCUGUCCAACAAGGCGCUGGCGCAGAGCACGCUGUGGCCCGAGGUGCGCAAGCUGUACGGGCACGGGAACGAGGUGGCCUGCCUGGCCGGCGACCCGGCCGGGCGGUACCUGGCCUCGGCGGGGCUCGCGGCCGGCGACGCCGCCACGGCGGCGAUCUGGCUCUGGGACGCGCGCGCGCGCUGGGCGCCGGCGGGGGAGCUGGAGGCGCACACGCUGACGGUGAUGCGGCUGGCCUUCUCCCCGCGCGGCGACCUGCUGGCCUCGGUCAGCCGCGACCGCACGCUGGCGCUGUGGCGCCGGCGGCCAUUGCAUGGGGAUGGCGGAGAGGGCUGCGCCCCGCCCUUCACGCUCGUGGCGCGGGUGAAGGCCGCCUCGCGCCUGCUGUUCGACGUGAGCUGGGCGCCGGACGAGGCAACCCUGGCCACAGGGUCCCGCGACGGUAUAGUGGCCCUCUGGCGAGCGGCGCCGGGGUCAAGCGAGGCCCUCACCAAAUCGCUGGAGCUGCGCAGGGGGUCGGCGGUGCGGGCGCUCGCCUUUUGCCCUGGUGAGCUGGCGCAGGGCAGCUUCCUGCUGGCCCUCGGCCACGAGGACGGCACGCUGUGCGUGCUGCGCUUCAGGGUGCAGUCCGGGAACGCGCUGGAGGUGGUCUGGCAGCGCGCCACGCACGCCGGGCCGGUGCGGCGACUGGCCUGGCGGCGGGAUGACGGGGAAGAAGGCAGCUUCCUCCUGGCUUCCUGCUCCAGCGACGGCUCGGUGCGCAUCUGGCACGUGGCCGGGUGA